AUGAACCGCGACACGGAGGAGCUCAAGAAGCUGCGCGAUUAUCAGAAAAGGAUCAACCUAGCCUUUGCCGCCUACCGCAGGGGCAACAUCUAUGCCAGAGACAUGAGGUCGAAAUUCCCGCGAGCCAUCCUCGACAACGUGCCACACCCUAUGAUACAAGACCGCGGGAAGGUCGCUCACAAGGUCUAUGAAUUCAAAACCAAAGAGCAUAUGAACCACUUUAUCAAGGAGAUGAAGGCCCAGGACUAUCGCACCAACAAGCGCUAUUCCAUGUCCGACCUUAAUACGAAGAGACGGGGAGACGUGCAGAAAACAAUCAACCUUGUUGCCCGCCGUCUGUUCCGAGCGGGCAUCCGCUUUCGUCGUGUUCUCUCCUGCGGCGGUAUGGGCAUGGCAGCGCUUUUCGAGACGGCAAACAGCGUGACAGGCCUCUACAACAAGUGCGUCGCCAAGGUCUCCUUGUCGGAGGACAACGGGCACGACCAGAUGGAGCACGAGAAAAACGUGACGCGCUUGCUACACGGCGCCCCUCACAUUGUCCAGAUGCUCAGCGUUGACGAGCUGCGGGCCCUGCCCGGUGGCUACGAGACAGAGGCUGUCGAGGGCGUGAUGCCCGACGACCCAGCAGUGUGCCCGAAGCCCCAAGACGACGCCACCGUCAAGGACAUGGUCCAAAACGCCAAGGACGUCAUGAUUCUAGAGUAUCUACCUUUUGGUUCGCUCGACCACUGGAUCGCCAAGGCGGAGCAGCUGGGCCUGGGCUUCUCCAACGAAGUUUGUUGGCAUCUGCUGCUCUGCCUCGCCAAGGCUUGCCUGGCCAUGAAGUAUCCCACCGCCUGCCAGCCCAAGGACCUGCCUGUCGAGGCCGAUCUUGAUCCAUAUGCGCUGCACGUUGGUACGACGGCACAGCACAACGCUGCGGUCACAGGUAAUAAUGGCAACAGCAGCAACGUGCCAGCGACAUCGUCAGUCUCCGAGGUACACAACAUUGUGCAUUUCGACCUCGACCCGAGCAACGUCCUCGUGGACGCGUCCAACGACGGCUGCGGCAAAGUCUGUGCCAACGCUCGCAUUCCGAAGCUCAAGGUCGCGGACUUUGGCCUUGCCGUUGAUGGAUCCAAGGUGGACCUUGAUGAGACAAAUUUUACUUGGAAAUAUCGCUUCUGUGGCAAGCCCAGCUACUGUACGCCCGAGCAGUGGACAGCCGAGUGGGAGGCUGUCACCGACCGGCCAAGCGCCGCCGGGGCCCAGAUCGCAGGGCAGUACGACGAAAAGACCAACAUCUACCAGAUGGCCCUCAUCAUGCAGGGGCUCAUGCUGCGCAAGAGCUUCCACAGUGCCCCCCACGCCGGGUUUGUCCCCGUGCGCGACUGGCGGCACCCUGCGUUCCCACGAUUCCUCGACAACCAAGCCGAGUUUGACCGGGUUGUACAAGUGGCCAACGACACCAAGGUUGCUCCCCAAGGCGUCCGUAUGAUCGCGACCAUAGCGUGGAUGCUCGACCACGAAUCGCUGCGCGCCGAGACGUGGGCCAGCCAAGCAGGCGGCCGCAAGCAGCAAGUGCCGGCACCGUCGCGGCUGUACGAGUGGCGGCUGCGCGAGCUGGUGAUGCGGUGCGCGGCGUACGAGCCGUAUGUGCGGCCGCCGGCAGCAGAGCUGGUCCGCUUGAUCGAGGAGCGUCUCGCAGACGGCAAUUUCGGCGCCGGCGCGGCCGAGGCCGAGCAGCUGUUUGCAGAGGUGAACAAGCCCGAGGAGCCGCAGCCGAAGCGUGCGUACAGCAACUUGAUCGGUGCGGUCGGACGUAUGCAGCCUCACAGGGACGCAAAGUCACGCAUUGAGGGCAUCUUUCGUAAGAAGUGA